AUGUGGCGGAGGAAGGCUAACUUCGUGGUGGAGUAUGGUCGCCGACGGCCACGACUUGCUUCCAACGCUCAUCUGGUGCUUCCAGUGGUCAUUAUGACGGACACUGAUCCUCAUGCUGGCCAGAACUUUGGCAACUUUCUUAUCCAUGCUGACCAAAUGGUUCGAGAAGCUCGCUUUGUACUCGAAUCCCUUCCCAAUGUGGAGAGCUUUGCCGUCGAGCGUUCUCUGCGUCAAUUAACAGCUGCUCGUCGAGUUCUGCAGCAGUCGAAUGACCCGUGGCUUGAUAGAACCGAAGUUGAAGACCUCUUGUCUCUGGUGGACAAUCUUAUCCGACCAUUAUCCGAGUUUCUAGUCACUCCACCUCCUCCGCAGAAUCUUGGCACACAGACUGAGCCCUCCGGAGGCGGUCGUCCCCGGUAUGUACUCGACCUUGAGGACGCUCUUCGACUCCAUGACCUUGGAAACUCAUGGGAGGACGUCUCGCAUGCCUUUGGUGUCUCCAGAGUCACCAUGUACCGACACCUUCAGUAA